ACACAUUAACCAGUUGCACAGGAACAAAACUUGAUGGCUGCCAAGCAGCAGACGGCUAUCUGUGGGUGUAAAGGCAUUCGAACGUGCCUGAUAUGUGAAGCAAAUAAUGACAGGAGACAUCUGCUAGACAAGAAAGACUCGGUGCAAUAUGAUUUCAUCUAUGAUCAAAAGUCAGAAUUAGCAGUGCCAGUUAGUGGUAAUACUUAUAAGGCCUUUUCAUUUCCUGGUCUGUUCCUGUGGGAAGAUUUCGUCUCUGAGGAUGAAGAAAAAGAGCUGGUUGCGAAAAUGGAUCAAGAUGUUUGGAGAGAGUCUCAGUCUGGUCGGCGCAAACAGGACUUUGGACCGAAGGUAAACUUCAAAAAACAGCGUGUUCGCCUUGGAGGUUUCAGUGGCCUUCCUGCAAUCAGCCAGAAGCUAGUGGACAGAAUGCGCAAAGAGCCUCUGCUGGCUGAUUUUCACCCGGUAGAGCAGUGCAACCUGGAGUACAGCCCCGAACGCGGCUCUGCCAUCGACCCUCACCUGGACGACAGCUGGCUGUGGGGGGAACGCCUGGUUAUUCUUAAUCUGCUUUCUGACACUGUGAUCACCAUGAGCUUAGACCAGGGCUGGGGGGACAUGGACCAAGGUGAGGUCAGAGUGGCUGUAAAUCUGCCUCAGAGGUCUUUAUUCGUAAUGUAUGGCGAGGCACGCCACCGGUGGAAACAUGCCAUUUACAGGGAGCACAUACACAGCAGGAGGGUGUGCAGUAACUUCAGAGAGCUGAACGCUGAGUUCCUGCAUGGUGGAGAGCAGGAGAAGUUGGGAUCAGAGUUGCUGGGUAUAGCGUCAAGCUUUAACGGCGUUCCUGUGUAAAAAUGUUUUUAUCAUGGACAGUGGUGCAGUGUUCAUUAAUGUAUUGACUUUUAUUCUGUAUAUCUGAAUGUUAGAUUUUAAACAUGAUGCACUUAAAAUGCUAAAUAUUAAGAAAAGUGGUCUACCAUGUUUAUGGUGCAAAAUUGCUUUUACUUUCAUUUAAAUGGAAUAAAUACUUUAAGAUGUAUUUCUCAAUAAAAAUGAUGCAUUAAAUCGAUAAGACGCUGGAAAAGGAUAAUAUUAGA